AUGGGAGAUGUCCGAAGCGACGGAGCCUUCGCGGCCAGACUGCUAACUGACAAGGUCAGCCCCGUCUCGCAUGCGCUUUUCAGCCUGUACAGACUGGCAUCAAACCCCGGCGGACGGUUUCCUGCGGCACUUCAGGACGCAAUCACUGCUUAUCACUACUUACUGAACGACCUCGCAGUCCCGGCGUCCAGGAUUGUCUUGUCGGGGGACUCGGCCGGCGGCCACAUCAUGAUCUGCAUGCUGCGAUAUCUUGCAGAACAUCACCAUGAGACCGCCCUCCCGCCACCGAGAGCUGUCUUGCUCUGGUCUCCCGCAGUCGACAUGGUGGCUGCCAGUAAGCCCGAGACCGUCAGCGGCAACCGGAACUAUGCCAACGACUACCUUGAUCCGCUUUUCGUGUCUUGGGGUGCGAGAAGGUUCGUUACCGACAAGCCUGCUGCCGCCAGUUACCUCAACCCGCUCGGUGAUCCCUUUAAAAGCCCUUGCCCAAUGUGGGUUUUUUGCGGCGGCAACGAGAUCUUCUGCGAUGAAAUCACUCGGGUCGUGGAGGAAAUGAAGUCUGUCAAGGGCACCGAUGCGACACUUAAGGUUGAGAGGCUGGCGAACCAUGACAUCUUCUUUGCUGGGAACUUGACGGGCUGGAAGACUGAGGCGGAGCAAGCUGCGACUGAAGCUGGGAAGUGGCUGGAGAAGCUGCCGCCUGUGUAG